CCACAAGGCAGCAGGAGCAGAGAGCAGCCAUUGCUGUGUCUGGCAGCAGACAGUCCAGCUGUGAGGAACCAGAGUCUUUAUUACACGUCACACUGAUUCACUCAAGAUGGACAAGGACAGGAGUCACAUGACUGAGAGAAUAAUAAAUAUCACCCUGGAGAUCAUCUACCUGCUGACUGGAGAGGGUUACACAGUAGUAAAGAAGAUAUACGGUGAGUGUAAGACACCCAGCAGCUGUCCCCAUGUGUCAGGAGGACUGAGCAGGACCCAGAGCCCCAUCACGGUGCCUCCACCUCACUCACUGAUAACUGAGAAGCGCAAUGACCAGAAGAUCUUGGAACUCACCAACAAGAUCAUUCAGCUGCUGACUGGAGAGGAGGGGGAGUAUAUGGAGGAACACGGGGGUCUGUACAAGGACGUGAUGAUGGAGAAUCACCGGCCCCUCACAUCACUGGAUGGGCCCAGUAACAGAGAUACCCCAGAGAGAUGUCCCCGUCCUCUGUAUUCCCAGGAUUGUACAGAGGAGAAUCACAGGAUCCCACAGGAGGAUAAGGGUAAAGAUCUGACUAAUAUUAAGGUAGAUGAUCUAGAAGUAGAAGAAGGGACAUAUGUGACUGAUAAGAAGGCAGAAGAUAAAAAAGAAGAGACUUAUGUGACUGAUAUGAAGGUAGAAGUUAUAGAUGAUGAAGAAGAGACGUAUGUGACUAAUAUUAAGGAAGAAGAUACAGAGGGAGAAGAAGAGACGUAUGUGACUGAUAUGAAGUCAGAAGAUAUAGAGGGAGAAGAAGAGACGUAUGUGACUGGUAUGAACAAAGAAGAUAUAGAGGAAGAAGAAGAGACUUAUGUGACUGAUAUGAAGGCAGAAGAUAUAGAGGAAGAAGAAGAGACGUAUGUGACUGAUAUGAAGGCAGAAGAUAUAGAGGAAGAAGAAGAGAUGUAUGUGACUGAUAUGAAGGAAGAAGAUACAGAUGGAGAAGAGACGUAUGUGACUGAUAUGAAGGCAGAAGAUAUAGAGGGAGAAGAAAAGACAUAUGUGACUGAUAUAAAGGUAGAAGAUAUCGAGGAAGAAGAAGAGACGUAUGUGACUGGUAUAAAGGUAGAAGAUAUAGAGGGAGAAGAAGAGACGUAUGUGACUGAUAUGAGGGCAGAAGAUACAGAGGGAGAAGAAAAGACAUAUGUGACUGAUAUAAAGGUAGAAGAUAUCGAGGAAGAAGAAGAGACGUAUGUAACUUAUAUAAAGGCAGAAGAUACAGAGGGAGAAGAAGAGACGUAUGUGACUGAUAAUAAGGCAGAAGAUACAGAGGGAGAAGAUGAGACUUAUGUUACUGUUAUGAAGACAGAAGAUACAGAUGGAGAAGAAGAGACUUAUGUGACUGUUUUGAAGACAGAAGAUACAGAGGGAGAAGAAGAGACGUAUGUGAGAGGUGAUCAGCAGUAUAAGGAGGAAGAAAUCCCUAGAGAUAUCAGCACAGCAGGUGGACAUUCAAGCAGGAAGACCUUGGAGAGAGAUCUUGUAUUGUCUCCACAUUUUAAAAUACAUGAUAAUAUCACCCAGGAUUCUCCAGGAGACAUCGCCAUUACCCUAAAUUUGCAUCCAGUACCUCACAGUGCAGAUAUAUCAUCUGAUCCCUCCAAUCAUGGGGAAUGUUCUACUGAUACCCCAAAUAUUACUACACAUAGUGCAACUUAUAGAGGUGUUAAAAUAUUUCUGUGUUCUGUAUGUGGGAAAUGUUUUUCACAUAAAUCAGGUCUUGUUACACAUCAGAGAAUUCACACAGGUGAGAAGCCAUUUACAUGUUCUGUGUGUGGGAAAUGUUUUACAGUGAAUUCAAAUCUUAUUACACAUCAGAGAACUCACACAGGGGAGAGGCCAUAUCCAUGCUCUGAGUGCGGAAAAUGCUUUAGAUAUAAAUCACAUCUUGUUACACAUCAGAGAAAUCACACAGGAGAGAAGCCAUAUCCAUGCUCUGAGUGUGGGAAAUGUUUUACACAGAGAUCAAAUCUUGUUACACAUCAGAGAAGUCACACAGGAGAGAGGCCAUUUACAUGCUCUGAGUGUGGGAAAUGUUUUACAGAAAAAUCAAAUCUUGCUAUACAUCAGAGAAGUCAUACAGGUGAGAGGCCGUAUGCAUGCUCUGAGUGUGGAAAGUGUUUUACAGAGAAAACAAAUCUUGUUAUACAUCAGAGACAUCACACAGGUGAGAGGCCAUAUACAUGCUCUGAGUGUGGGAAAUGUUAUACACAGAAAUCAGAUCUUGUUACACAUCAGAGAAGUCACACAGGUGAGAGGCUAUUUCAAUGCUCUGAGUGUGGGAAAUGUUUUACGCAGAAAUCAGAUCUUACUAUACACCAGCGACAUCACACAGGUGAGAAGCCAUUUGCAUGCUCUGAAUGUGGGAAAUGUUUUACACGGAAAUCAUAUCUUUUUAGACAUCAGAGAAGUCACACAGGUGAGAGACCAUUUCCUUGCUCUGAGUGUGGGAAAUGUUUUACACGGAAAUCACAUCUUGUUAGACAUCAAAAAACACAUAUAAAUGAUAUGAUAGCUUUGCUCUCGCACUUGGCCUCUACUGUUAUUGCUAUUUCUACCUCCACCCCCGUGUUCCACCCGUGUCCCGUCAUGGUGCAUGGGGGCAGUGCUGCUGCUGCUACCGCUGCAGCUAAGCUUGAAAAAUUUGCUAGAGGCUCUCAGUCUUCCUCCCAACUCAGCCGGGUUACUGCUCCCCCAUCCCCUCCUUCCCCCUCGGGGACACCUCCUCGAGAGGAUGACACGUCCCAGUCGACGCAGCAAAUUCUUUUGGCCAUAUCCACGUCCGAACACAGAGUCAUGGAUAAAAUCGGCCAAGUACAGGUGGAUAUCACUUUAAUCAGACAUGAUAUGCAAAAGAUUCGUGAACGGGUGGGGGAAGCGGAGCACCGUAUCUCCGACUUAGAAGACGUCACCAAUCCUCUUAAAGAUAUGGUUUCCAAUCUCACAACUCAAAUGUUGGCAGUUAAGGCGAAGCUCUCUAAUAUUGAAGGAAGACUCCAUCGUAAUAACGUCCGCUUUGUGGGCCUCCCGGAGAGAGCGGAGGGCUCCUCUCCAGAAUCGUUCCUGGAAACAUGGCUUCUCCGAUUAUUUCAACGUGAUGACUUUGGUCCUCAGUUCUCUGUGGAGAGGGCGCACCGAUUACCUGCCAGGGCUCCUCCCCCGGGCGCACCUGCACGCACUUUUAUAGCUCGUUUCCUGCACUACAGGGACUGGGAUGCGGUCCUGCGGCUGGCCCGCACACAGGGUCCUUUGAAAUUUGACCACCAUGAUAUUUCUGUUUAUCCGGACUUCGCCAUGCUCUACCUGCUUGCUGAUGGAGGGCCACAGUGGUCCCUUUGCUCCUUCCUUCUCUACACUCCGGGUUCUUCUCUGUUACGUGCCCUGCUUGCCUUGGAUAUUCCUCCUCUUCUGCCUCUCCAUGUUCUCCCCUUGCUUCUUUUCUCCUUCUGUCCUUUCUUUCUUAUACUCAUGGCUGCAGGGGUUGAUGGACUCCGCAUACUCGGCUGGAAUGUGAGGGGCCUGAAUGACCGCAUCAAGCGGGCUCUGGUUUUAUCUCAGUUAUCCCAACAUUCUAUGGAUUUUCUAGAUGCUAGUAUCACUCCAGAGGAAGUUGAGGCAGCUAUUGCCUCCUUCCCUAAUAAAAAGGGCCCGGAGGGUGCUCGUUUGCCUCCUAUGUCAGAAGCUAUUAUUGUGGUGAUCCUCAAACCAGGGCGAGAUGUGUCCUGUAUAAAUCACUUACCACUGAGGAUGGACAAGGAUAGGAGUUACAUGACUGAGAGGAUACUAAAUCUUACCCUGGAGAUCAUCUACCUGCUGACUGGGGAGGAUUACACAGUAGUGAAGAACACAUCUGUUGAACGUGAGAUGCCCAGCAGCUGUCCCCGUAUGUCAGGAGGACUGAGCAGGACCCAGAGCCUCAUCACGGUGCCUCCACCUCAAUCACUGACACAUGAGAGGCACAAUGACCAGAAGAUCCUGGAAAUCGCCAACAAGAUCAUUCAGCUGCUGACUGGAGAGGAGGGGGAGUAUAUAGAGGAACAGAGGGGUCUGUACAAGGACGUGAUGAUGGAGAAUCACCGGCCCUUCACAUCACUGAUUAAAGAGACGCAUGUGACUGAUAUGAAGGCAGAAGAUACAGAGGGAGAAGAGACGUAUGUGACUGAUAUGAAGGCAGAAGAUAUAGAGGGAGAAGAAGAGACGUAUGUGACUGAUAUGAAGGCAGAAGAUAUAGAGGGAGAAGAAGAGACAUAUGUGACUGAUAUGAAGGCAGAAGAUAUAGAGGGAGAAGAAGAGACGUAUGUGACUGAUAUAAAGGCAGAAGAUAUAGAGGGAGAAGAAGAGACGUAUGUGACUGAUAUGAAGGCAGAAGAUACAGAGGGAGAAGAAGAGACGUAUGUGACUAAUAUGAAAGCAGAAGAUAUAGAGGGAGAAGAAGAGACGUGUGUGAGGGGUGAUCAGCAGUGUAAGGAGGAGGAAAUCCCUACAGAUAUCAGCACAGCAGGUGGAGGUAACAGCAGGAAGAUCUCAGAAGAAUAUCUCUUUUUAUCACAAAACUAUAAAACAGAAGAUGACAUCGUACAGGAGUCUCCAGGAGGAAACCCUAUUACCCAAAUUAUACAUCCAAUAUUUCACAGUGCAGAUAUGUCAUCUGAUCCCUCUAACUAUAAGCAGUGUUCCUAUAACUCAGAUACUGUUAAACAUAGAGAAGCCAUGAUCUGUCCUUCUAUAGAUGGCAAAUGUUUUACGCAGAAAUCAAAGCUUAUUACUAACCAGCCACCUAAGGCCGAUGUGACACCAUUUCCAUGUUCUGAGUGUGGGAAAUGUUAUCUAUAUAAAUCAGCUCUUGUUAGACAUGAGAGAAGUCACACGGGCGAGAGGCCAUUCCCAUGCUCUGAGUGUGGGAAAUGUUUUACAGUGAAAUCAAUUCUUGUUAAACAUCAGAGAAGUCACACAGGGGAGAGGCCGUUUCCAUGUUCUGAGUGUGGGAAAUGUUUUAAAGAGAAAUCAGAUCUUGUUAGACAUCAGAGAUGUCAUGCAGGUCAGAAACCAUUUCCAUGUUCUCAGUGUGGGAAAUGUUUUACAGAGAAAUCAUAUCUUCUUAGACAUCAGAGACAUCACACAGGUGAGAAACCAUUUCAAUGUCCUGAAUGUGGGAAAUGUUUUGUACAGAAAUCAGAUCUUGUUACACAUCAGAGAAGUCACACAGGUGAGAAGCCAUUUCCAUGUUCUGAGUGCGGGAAAUGUUUUACCCAAAAACCAAAUCUUAUCAUACAUCAGAGAAGUCACACAGGUGAGAAACCUUAUUCAUGUUCUGAGUGUGGGAAAUGUUUUACCCAAAAACCAUAUCUUGUUACACAUCAGAGACUCCACACAGGUGAGAGACCAUUUGUGUGUUCUGAGUGUGGGAAAUGUUUUACACAUAAAUCAGCUCUUGUGAGACAUCAGAGAAGUCACACAGGGGAGAAGUAAUUUUCUGCUUCAGGGAAAUUAUUGAAGUCACAUCUUGUUAAACAAGUAUUCACAUAAACUUACCUAUAUGAAACUUUUUUAAUUGCAGUUAUUUUCUCAAAUUCAUUUUAUUUAGCAUAGUGUUUUUUUCUGACAUGGGCUCUUACUAUUUUCACAUUAUAUCAAUGUUUGAGUUGGUGUUCUAUUGUUCAACUUUUAUUCUUGUGUUUUUUUUCUUGUUAUGCAUUAACUGAGUUGAUUGAAAAGAACAAAAAAAUGAUAAUAUAUUAUACUAUCAGAGAGCGCAUAUAACUGUGUAAAUAUCACAUUUAUUAAUGUACAAUAAAAUAAACACAUGCACAAAAAAAUAUAAAAAGAUAUAUAUCAAUCAAUUAAAAAAUCCCCCAUGCUGCAGCGAAUGAGAUUGAAACUAAACACUUAUAUAUCCAGAUUUGAAAAGUCAAGAUGUGAGAUAUUCUCAAUGUAUAGUCCUGAGAUAAAAGUCCUGUGCAAAGAAACAAAGCUGAUAACUAGCGUUAAUGUCCAGCUGUGAGCAUAUGUGCAUGCUCAGAAUGAACUCCAGUGAGUCGCCGGCUUUUGACUCCCAUUAAUUGCUGCCGCAACCAGCCAGAUAAUUUGAAGUGUUAUGACCUUAGUGUCCGUAUUUUGUGGACUUACAGGUCCAUAUUCGCUGUGCUAAUAGGGCCACUUAGCAGUAUUGUCCACUAUACUCACGACCCAAAGCGUGUCUGUUGAUCGUCCGUGGACGGCCCCCGUUUUGCAAUGUCAGUCACAGCCGAAAGGUAACACUUCUCUUUAAUGCAGGAUACACCUGGGUUUCUCUCAACGGUCUGUUUCCAAACAGGAUGAUUGUUAGUAGGUGUAGAUCGCUGGCAGUAUGAGAGGACGUCGGAAAGGAAUACAACCCCAGUCCUCCUAGAAAUAGAUCAUUGAAAUGUUAUAUAGAAGUGUAGGAGAAGAUGAAGAACAGUGCUCAAGGAGGUAACAGGGUAAUCUAUUGACUAAUAUUAGGUCAUAAGCUCUGAGACCUAGCUGACAAGUUCCUGCCAUAAAUCUUCACCCACCUGCAUCAAAAGCCUGUGGCAGUGGUUCCCAAAACAUCUGUCCUCAACGUACCAUAACUGUUCAGGUUUUAAGGAUAUCCAUUAAUCACUUAAGUGGCAUGCCCAAAAAAUCUCCGGGGCCAGCUGCAGAUUUUAGAGGCAUACCAACACCGCUCCUCCAUGCCGAUCCCCGUCUCUCUUCCCUAGUAGUCCGAUUGGGGCGGCGGAGUUUUGCGGAAUGACACAAUUGCAUUGUG